GGGGAGCAUAGAAAUAAGGUGGUCCGUAUUUUAGACCAUUUGAUUUUUUUGGGCUUAUAACCUUUGGACCCAUUCCCUAUAGUUGAAAAGGCCUUAUAUAAAUAAAUAAGAUUGAGGAUACACGAAGUUUGAACCCUAUUUCUUCCGCAGCUCGCCGUUCCUCCAUACCAAUCUGUAGCUCAAACCUAGCGAUAAUGACUUUCAAGCGGAGGAAUGGAGGUCGCAAUAAGCAUGGCCGUGGCCACGUCAAGUUCGUCCGUUGCUCCAACUGCGGAAAGUGCUGCCCUAAGGACAAAGCCAUCAAGAGGUUUCUUGUAAGAAACAUUGUUGAGCAAGCGGCUGUUAGGGAUGUCCAAGAGGCUUGUGCCUUUGAAUCAUACACUCUUCCAAAGCUCUAUUUGAAGGUGCAAUACUGUGUUUCAUGUGCAAUUCACUCCAAGGUUGUCAGAGUUCGCUCCCGUACUGACCGAAGAAAUCGAGAACCUCCACAGCGUCACUUCAGACGCCCAAUGGACAAUGCUCCCAAGCCUGGUCAGCCUCCACGCGCACCCGGAGCUGCUCCAACUGCUGCCCGUACAUAGAAGCGGAUGGCAUCGGGAGAUUUUAUUUUUAUCCAUUCUGAUUUAAAGUUGCUUCAUUUUGCUUUGAGCUUGAGUAUUUUUGUUAAGUUGGAAAAUCAUUGACAUAAUUAUUACUGAGAUUUGUGGGAUAAACAACAAUUUCUGCUUUUAAAUACUUAUCUGCUGGCCUGCUGCCUUCGUAUUUCCAAAUGCCCACUUAGCAACACUUUUAUCAGUUUUAUGGUGUGAAACUGUCGGUCGCAUACUUGCAUGCGUGAUGCCCCCUAUCAAUAAAUUUAAGACCACUUGAUGGUUUUAAUGAUUGGGCCCAUUUAUUUAACUGUGAAAGUCGAUGUUUUUAAAAAAAUUCUUG